UCUGAAGAAAAGGGGGAAGGGGGAAGCAAACAAAACCACAAACCACAAACUGAGGUUUCCAGCUCAGUUUGCCGGCAUAAUCGCCUCGUCGGCUUGAACAGUUGUCAUCAGAGCAAAAUCAGGAAAAGAGAAAGACCAUUUUUAGAAAAUACCAACAAAGCGUUAAUUUUGCUUGGUUCCUUUCUGCCUACAGAACGAAAAUGGAAGGUUCCACAUCUAGUACAAAAAUGUUGGAUUUCUUAUUCCUUGUCGGAAAAUUAAAGCAUGUCAAGAGAACUGGUUGGGUGCUGAGACAUGUACCAGAUCCAGAAUGUGUCGCUGGCCACAUGCAUCGGAUGGCUAUCAUAACAUUCCUUCUUGAUUCAUCAGAAACCUCUGUAGAUAAAGUAAAGUGCAUGCAGCUAGCACUUAUUCAUGAUUUAGCUGAAUGUAUUGUAGGUGAUAUUACGCCUCACUGUGGAGUGGACCCGGAAGAAAAACAUAGGAGAGAGGAUGAAGCUAUGAAGGAGUUAUGUGAUUUGGCUGGUGUCAGUGGAGUAGAGCUGUAUUCUUUAUACAAGGAAUAUGAAGCCAAAAUGACUCCUGAAGCCAAAUUUGUUAAAGAACUUGAUAGCCUUGAUAUGAUUUUAGAAGCUUUUUCUUAUGAAAAGGAAGAAAAUCAGCCUGGGCAUCUCCAAGAAUUUUUUGAUUCCACAAAAGAUAAGUUUUCCCAUCCCCUCGUACUUUCUCUUGUCAAAGAACUUCAUAAACGCCGCUCUGAAUUUGUUAAAGUUGAAAUCCAGAACAAGUAGCUAUCCAACAAGUUUUUUCUUCUUUCAAAAUUUAAUUUUGAUUAUGUAAAAGUUACUGUUAGAGAAAGUAAUAACCAAAUGAUUCAGGAAAUUAUGUACACCUUUUUUUCUUUAUUUUAUAAUCUGGAAUAUAACUGGCAUACAUCUUUGUA